AAUUGAAACUCAAAAUUUAACCAAACAUUAAUAUUGAAACAAAUAAAACCUGGAAACAAAUAAUUCCCGCGGUUUUGUUAUCAAAUUCGAGAUGUAAACAACUCCAUAGAAACAAUGACUUCCGGUUAAAAAAACAACACAAUAAUGAUACAAUUAUAAUGCUAGAACUGUUGCAAUGUCUAAAGCUACAGUAUCAAAGUCCCGAGCUGAGAAGGCAGGUAAGGUGCCUCCGGCUCAGACUCCAGUCGUCUCCCAUGAAAUAGUUCCAGGGAAAUUCAAUGAUCAUGACUGGAAUAUGAUGGUAGAUCGAGAUGGCGCUGAGGACUUUGUGGAUGACAUCGUUGAUGAUCUGAUAGGGAUUACACUCAACAAAUGUUAUGAACUGUUUAUUCAACGUCAAUUAAUUCCUUUCACUGUGUCUCAAGCAAAAGAUGCCAUCUUAAAAAUUGUUGAGUGGAGAUUCUUGAAACGUGAUGAAGGCGAAAAGUCACCAGAAACAGAUCCAGGAUGGAUGCAGGAUGAAGAGCCUGAUCCAGCAGAGACCGACUGCUGGGCACAGGGUUCAGUUCCAAAAACAUUCUUACCCAGUCAAGCUGUUGAAAUUCUUCCUGAAGUGACAGAAGAAGUGGCUGAGGUAGAAGAUGACGGCAACCAAAUGAUGGAAGAACAGGAUAAUGUUGUUGUGAACGAUGAGCCAGAACUGGAGGAUCAAGUUUCGGAGCCCGACAUGACGAGAGAGGAAGAGUUGCGCAAGGCCAGGGAACAAGAGGAGAAAGCCAAGGCUGAACCAGAAAAGAAGAAGAGACGCAAGUUCAAACCAUACACAGGCAAACUCCGCCCACAGCCAAACAAUUUGACAGAAUCUCUAGAACAGACAGAGAUGACUCUGCUGUCGGCAGAAAUUGCUGCCAGUAUGCCGAGGCAGCUAGGUUCCCUGGUACCCAUUGUCACCAUGCCAGCUUCAUGUCAUAACAUACUUAAGGUUCAGUCAGGCCGGCCCCCUGGCAACAAAGAUGUUGAGUAUGAUGACUAUGGCAAUGUUGUAGCGGUGAUCAAAUUAAACCCAGAAAAACUACCUUCACACAGGGUGAAGGUCAACUACCAGGUGGUGGAUCCAGCAGUUGAGGCGGCACAGGCUAGACUGGAUGCCAUGAGGACCGGCAGAUAUGUGGCCCCGAAACCCAAACGAAAACAAACCAAGAAAGAUGAACUGACAGACAGCGUGAAAGAAUCAAACUCUAAUCAGCUACCAGCUAAAACACCAUUACCACCACCUAUGAUUGAGACCAUGGAAGUUGCACCGGGAGUUACCAUAAGGGAAGGUGGCCGUUUAAAACAAGGGCCCUCUAGAUACAUUCGCCGAAUAGACAUGUUGAAUCAGAACCACAAGGGACUUAAGCCUGUUAUGACCCAGUCUACCACUCCACGCCUCAGUGUUUCUGAACUCCUCGACAGACACACCCCUAUACUGCGGCCAAUACACGAUAACUCUCCACUACCACCUAUCAUGGCAAUACCCCACCCACCAGAAAAACCUAAAGUGGCAACAUGAAUAAUAGAGAUGAUAAAUGUGAUAUAAUAAUUGACUUGUAAAGCACAAAUAGAAUACAUUUGCUUAUUGUUACCUUUUUGAAUUACCGGUAAAAAGCAUAAACUGAUAUUCAUAUACUAUUUUAAAAUACAGACCCAAUUAUACUCUGAACAGAAUUAUGUUGUUACCUGUUGUAAUCAUUCCAUAUGUUUUGUGUACAGCUGUGAAAUCUUAAGUAUCUUAAGUCUAAUUAUUACUCGCUUUCUACGAUGAAAUUCUGUUUUACAAAUACCACUAUAUAAGCUAUUUAAAGCCUAUCAAGUUGUCUCUCCCUUGGCAAAAAAUGCUGAUAUGCUUUUGGGGUUUGUGUGAUAUAUACUUGCAUCUACAUUUUAAGUCUAUUGUUAACUGCAUUUUUAAAUAUAAUGUUCAAACACUGGU